CGUCAUGCGGAAGAAAUCCAACCAAGAUGGUAGCGUCCUUGACAGGCAUGUUUUGAUUAAAGCCGACUGUCAAACUUGCUUAACAGUUGCACAUUAGUGGUCUACGCAACUUACAGAAGAAGAUUUUGAGAGCGGAGCAUGGAGAAACGAGAGUUUGUGACAUACAUGGUGGCAGGGGGCUGUGCGGGGAUGUGUGUGGAUCUGACCCUCUUCCCCCUGGACACCAUUAAGACAAGACUGCAGAGUCAGCAGGGCUUCUACAAGGCAGGGGGCUUCAGGGGCAUCUACGCUGGAGUCCCAUCUGCUGCUGUCGGCUCCUUCCCCAAUGCCGCUGCUUUCUUUGUCAUCUACGAAUGCACAAAGUCCCUGCUCGGCGCUGGCGGAGUGCUAGCAGCACCACACGCGGCACCUGUCACUCACAUGAUGGCUGCCUCCCUGGGAGAAAUAGUGGCGUGUCUGAUCCGGGUGCCCACAGAGGUGGUCAAACAGAGGACCCAGGCUUCUCCAUCAUCCACCACCUACCACAUUCUGCUGGCUACACUCAGAGACGAGGGUGUCCGAGGCUUGUACAGAGGAUACGGGAGUACGCUCCUCAGAGAGAUCCCGUUCUCACUGGUGCAGUUUCCACUUUGGGAAUAUUUAAAGACUCUGUGGUCACGGAGGCAAGGUCACACGCUCUACUCUUGGCAGGCUGCAGUGUGCGGAGCUUUUGCAGGUGCAGUAGCGGCAUUUGUUACCACUCCUCUUGACGUGGCGAAGACCAGGAUCAUGCUCGCAAAGGCCGGGUCGACCACGGCGAGCGGCAACAUCCCGCUGGUGCUCUACGAUGUGUGGAAGAGCCGAGGCGUUUCAGGUCUGUUUGCGGGCGGCAUUCCGAGGAUAACCUUCAUCAGUGUGGGCGGUUUCAUCUUCCUGGGAGCCUACGACAAGGUUCGAAGCUCUUUGCAGUAGCAGCUCGUCCUCUGGCCGUCUUGAGCUCCGACCUGGUGGAGGAAAUGCAGGGGAAGCAUCUCAGGAAGUGGCAUCCUCAUCCCCUGGAGGCCCCCUUCGCCUCCAUGCUUCUGGGCCCCCCGAGAAGCAAGGACACCUGGUGCUCGGGGAGAGAGUCGUCCACGGGCCUGAUCGCUGCAUUCCUGCUCAUCAGUGCUCUUGAGUUUAACAGUCUGAGCUCACACUCCUGUAAACGUGUGUGAGAGAGAGAGAGAGAGAGAGAGAGAGAGAGAGAGAGAGAGAGAGAGAGAGAGAGAGAGAGAGAGAGAGAGAGAGAGAGAGAGAGAGAGAGAGAGAGAGAGAGAGAGAAGAGAGAGAGAGAGAGAGAGAGAGAGAGAGAGAGAGAGAGAGCGACACCCUGUCACACAAGGCUAACAAUGAACAAUCUUUACUGUUAUGUUACUGUCUGGGAAUCAAUGAGUUAUGGUAUUAAAAACUGUCUCUUUUUAUGCUUUGAGGUGAGGUUUGUUGAUUCGGUCCCCUGUAGGCCGCCCUGUAAACCUUCCAAUAUUCGGUUUCAUGGUCAUUUUAGUGUUUAAUCCAUAUUUUUCUCUCUGCUAAGCCAGGCCACCUGUGUUAAAGACCCACGGGGGGAAAAGACAGACAAAGUAAUAUCUCAGCAUUGUUACAGUCCCACUGGAGCACAGCUGAGCUCAUCCACCUGCAUGAGCUUUAAUUUUAUACUUAAGAUGCCUACAACAAUGAGCACUUUGUCAAAUUAACAAGGCUUUAGUUUUAUUACGAGCCUCAGGUGUCCUGCGCACGUUUUUCACAGAUAUUUAUAUCAUGUGUUUAUUGUGACAUAUUUUUAUUAGGUAUUGAUUUGACAUUGGAGCUCUUGUCAAAAGGGUCUGGAGGACUUAAACCUGUGAAAGUGCAUGCUUAUCCCGUAAGUUUGGCAAUAAAAAAACACGUUAAACAAUAGAGCAAUUGUGUUACAUAAGUAUAUAUGGUUUUGAGAGAACAUACAUUCACUCCUCCAUUCAAACGAUGCUACAUACUUAUACAAGUGUCUAUUUGCUUUCUUUCUGAGAGAUAAGAAGAUUGAUACCACUCGCGUGUCUGUACGUUAAGUAUGUAGCUAAAGCUAGCAUCCUGUUAGCUUAACGUAAAGACUUAAAGCAGGGGGGAAAGAGCUAGCCUGGCUCUGUCCAAUAGUAACACAUUCUACCUGUCAGCACCUCUAAAGCGCACCAAUGUUAGACACAUUUUAUAUCCAAGAUCAUUUAUGUCAAGACUAGCAAAUCACUCAACGCCUGAUUGAAGAAAAUAUUAUUUAAACAUACACAGGAACAUUUAGUCACAGUUGGUGUUUUCAGGGAAUCAGCUCGGUGUUGUCCUUUCAGUCACUAAAGAGGUAAAACUGAACUUAAAUCCUGUCGGGAGACUGAUGGACUCCCAGGUGGAAGCGGUUGUCAUGCUGCUCGUCACUGGGCUGUUGGACAACAAUGGUCAGCGUGUGAUUGGUGGAGGCCAGGGCCGGAAGCAUGUCAAUCAUCCGGUGACAAACAUCCAUCUGGAAUGCACAUUCUAGCCAUCCACUGACCCUCAGUCAGACCAGACUCCAUAGCAAAUAUUUUAAACAGCCUGCAGAAGGUAAAAAUAUGCCUGCUGUCUUUGGAGCUUUAGAGAGCCCGGACACAUUCCUGGUUGGAAGAUUAGCUUUGUGUGUUUGUGAACCAGACACAAGCUUCUUCACUGCUUUGAAGAUGAUGGUCUCUGGAUUUCAUGUCUUGGUGUAUGAUGGAUUCGCCAUAACCACUGUGACAUGUGAGCAGCGCUAAAUGCUAACACAGCUGUUAGUGAUUAUAUUGUCACUCCUUUCUGUUGCAUUCAAGAAAGAAAACACAUGCAAUCAUAAUAGCAAAAUGUGAUUUUAUUAGACACUUCAAUGCCAUGUUAGACACUUCACUGUUUCUGCUUCGACAUUGGUACAACGGUUUUUCGGACAGUUUUCAAUAAAUUACUCAACAUGAACUGCACCUCUCUCCCUCUUGUCCCUUUCACCUGCUACACCGGGAUUGGCUUUCCAAACAGGGAUCUCAGAUUGGUCUCGCUGGUAAAACAAAAUCACCUGUGAUGGGUGCUAUCAGGUGUAACCAGAGGAGUGUGUCCUCCAGUUUACCUUGAUAAGGCCACUGGUAACGGAACACAGUUCAGAGAAGGGAACACUGCAUACAUUAGACAAUGCAACUACUUUUGAGUGAAUUCAGACCCAGUGUAUGCAGGGAUUGUUGACACACCUGACUGCAUUAAUCCUCCAAAGUUUGGUUCGAGCACAUUUCAGAAGCUUCCCGACCCUUCACAGCAUGAACUUUUAGAUGCCUCAAACAUUAUUCACUGUAGCGAUGAUGAAGAAAGUUAUAGUUACACUGUGGGGAUGUGACACAGGCAGAAUACUGGCCGUUUGCCUGUGAAUGCACAACGGUGGAUGUUGAGGCACAUUACAGCAGUAACACAAUAAAACAUUCUCCCUGAUUCUCCAGCUUUCUAAAGCCCCUUUCACACAUGCCCUGCAACCCUGAAGUUAUCUAGACAUUACCCAGUAGAGCCGUUUGUGAGAAUGCAAAUGCCCGAAUCAUUGGGACGGACUUUACCCUGCCAGCUCCCUAGUACUGUCUGUGUAAUGUCCGACUAACUGGAGAGACGAAGAGAUCCGGGAACUUCUCGGGCCGCCGGCAAAAUCAUAGAACGACAAGAGACUCGGUUGUUUAUGUCCUGAUUACUAACCAGCUACACGACUGCGGUGUAAUCUGGGUCAUGGCGUGCCUCUUGCACACUACACCCAAGCGCCACCCUUUGCCUAAUUAAGAGAUGAAAGUAUUUCCAGUAUGCGAGAACGCACCGGACAGACAACCUCCUGCGGUGUGCUGCAUGUGUGAAAGGGAAACUCCGGAUAAUGUGCGGAGUUCAUAUGAGAAGCGGCUUUAAAGUCACAGCAAUGAGAAUUGUAUAACUAAGCAUUCAGACAAUUAAAUGUCACAUAGCUUUAGAUUUUCCUCAUGAAUGUGAUCAAGAACACAUGGCAGGUGUCCCGUGUCCGUACGGAGAGAUCAUUACUGGCUUUUCACAGCUUAUGAAACAGCUGUUAGCCUAAAUUUGACCACAUUUGGUUGUGAACUUGUGCCAAAAGUCACUUUCUUGGACAAAUAAAGAAACUAAUCAGAGUCAGAUAAGAAUAUUUUCCACCUCAGAGCAGCUUCGCAGUAACUUGUAGUAUUGUGAAACAGGUGGAAGAGCAUGGUACAUCAUGUACCGUCGACUUCACCGUGUCAAAAUCAGUGGAAUGUCUCCUCACAAAGAAGAGGUUCCUGCAUUCUUAUUGGCAGAUAUCAUGUUCACAAUCUGCUUGCUUA